CCUGGAAAUGAAAGUAAAGAGAUCAGGAGGCACAUGGAGGGAGCUGCAGGGGCAGCCGAUCCAGAAGCAGAAUGCUGCCUUCUAUAAUUAAAUAGCACUUACUAUUAUUAUUACUUCUAGUAAUAAUACAUUAAUAAUAUCUCUAGUAAUACAAUACCAUUUAUCAAGGAAAGUUUAUACAUAGUGUGGGGGGGAAAACCCAAGGAGAGCAACUAUAAUGGAGAGACAGAAGAGAAAACAAGAAAUAGAGAAAGGACUUCAGUUCAUUCAGUCCACAUUACCCCUAAGCCAAGAAGAUUAUGAGGCCUUUCUGCAGAAGCUGGUGAGAAACCUGUUUGCAGAGGGCAAUGAUUUGUUUCGAGAGAAGGAUUUCAAGCUUUCGCUGGUACAGUAUGUAGAAGGGCUGAAUGUGGCGGAUUACGCAGCCUCUGACGAGGUGACCAUCCCAAAGGAACUCCUGUGCAAGCUGCAUGUCAACCGAGCUGCCUGCUACUUUGCCAUGGGGUUGUAUGAGAAGGCACUGGAAGACAGCGAGAAGGCUUUAAGUCUUGACAAGGAGAACAUCCGAGCGCUCUUCCGGAAAGCCCGCUCCUUAAAUGAACUUGGAAGACACAAAGAAGCAUAUGAGUGCAAUAGCCGAUGCUUGCUGUCCCUCCCACAUGAUGAAAGCGUCACGCAACUGGGACAGGAGCUUGCCCAGAAGCUGGGACUGAGGGUUCGAAAAGCAUACAAAAGACCUCAGCAGGAAUUGGAAACAUUCUCGCUACUCAGUAAUGGCACGUCAAUCAAUUUGUCAAACCAGACCACUUCCAAUGGAUUGGGUUCGAUAGAUGACAUCGAAACAGACUGCUCUAUGGACCUGCAGUGCCUCCCAGCUCCUGUGGCCACCUCCAUCCCUGUGAGCGAGGGGCUGGCCCCUCUGCCCUCUGACUCAGAUGCAAAGGGCUUGCCUACCUCGCUCCCUGCUGCCAGCUUGCUCCCGUCUCCAGACUGCGUGUCCCUGCCAGUGCCUGAGAGUGUGGAGGACUUCACAGAUGGGGACAUCAUUGGGGAAGAACUGGACUCCCUCCUGGACUCCCUCGCCGAAGGGUCACCAUACCCUCUAUCUCUGGUCCAGGGCACCAUUCCUGCCAACCUGCCAACGGAGAUGCCUCAGCUGAUCCCUGUGUUUCCGGGGGGAACUCCACUGCUGCCCCCAGUCGUGACAGCCAGCAUCCCUGUCUCCACCCCACUGCCACCUGCCUCCUUUGGCCUGGUGAUGGAUCCCACCAAGCAGCUCUCCUCCUCCUCUGUCCUGGAUGCCUUUGAGGCCCCGCCAGGAGGAAGUGGCGGCUCCACCUUACAUUCGCUGGAUUCCCUGGAUCUGCUCCCCUACACAGACUCACGGCUUGAUGCCCUGGACUCCUUUGGGACAAGCAGAGGGUCGCUGGAUGCCUUGGAUUCCUUUGCCAUUGAAGAAACUAGCCCUCAGGAACUGCGACACCCACCUGGCAGUCAAAAACCAUCCCCUGUGGUCAGCCUUGGUGGAGUGAGUCACUCAGCUGUGCCCAAGGUCACCGAGCACCUGCUGUCCCAGCCAGAACCAGUAAUGCCCAACACAGCCCUGCUGGUGAAGAACCCCCUGGCAUCUACUCACGUCUUCAAACAAGCCUGUCAUAUCUGCUACCCCAAAACAGGGCCCAAGGCUGGCGAUUACACCUAUCGGGAAGGCUUGGAGCACAAGUGCAAGCGGGACAUCCUGCUGGGCAGGCUGAAGAACUCGGAAGACAAGACCUGGAAGAGGAUCCGUCCUCGCCCAACCAAAACCAACUUUGUAGGAUCCUAUUAUCUGUGCAAAGAUAUGCUUAACAAGCAGGACUGUAAGUACGGGGAUAACUGCACCUUCGCGUACCACCAGGAAGAGAUCGACGUGUGGACGGAGGAAAGGAAGGGGACCCUCAACCGUGACCUCCUCUUUGACCCGCUAGGUGGGAUCAAGCAGAGCAGCCUCACCAUUGCCAAGCUCCUCAAGGAACAUCAGGGCAUCUUCACCUUCCUCUGUGAGAUCUGCUUUGAUAGCAAACCCCGGAUUAUCAGCAAAGGGACCAAGGACACACCAUCUGUCUGCUCCAACCUUUCUGCCAAACACAGCUUCCAUGACAACAAGUGUCUGGUCCACAUCGUGCGUUCCACCUCCUUGAAAUACUCCAAGAUCCGCCAGUUCCAGGAGCACUUCCAGUUUGACGUGUGCCGACAUGAGGUGCGUUAUGGCUGCCUGCGCGAGGACAGCUGCCACUUCGCUCAUAGUUUCAUCGAGCUCAAGGUCUGGCUGCUGCAGCAAUAUUCAGGAAUGACCCACGAAGAUAUCGUGCAGGAAUCGAAGAAGUACUGGCAGCAGAUGGAGGCACAUGCCACCAAACCAGCCAACAGCAUGGCUUCUCCUCGGGCUCCCACAUCAAGCACCUUUGACCUCCAGAUGAAAUUUGUGUGUGGCCAGUGCUGGAGGAACGGGCAGCUCGUGGAGCCAGAUAAAGACCUCAAGUACUGUAGUGCCAAAGCCCGCCACUGUUGGACAAAGGAACGUCGCGUCCUGCUGGUGAUGUCCAAAGCAAAGAAGAAGUGGGUGUCUGUCCGACCACUGCCUUCCAUCCGCAACUUCCCACAGCAAUAUGAUUUGUGUAUCCAUGCACAAAAUGGCAGGAAAUGCCAGUAUGUGGGCAACUGCUCCUUCGCCCACAGCCCUGAGGAAAGAGACAUGUGGACCUUCAUGAAGGAAAAUAAAAUACUAGAUAUGCAGCAGACCUAUGACAUGUGGCUAAAGAAACACAAUCCUGGGAAGCCUGGAGAGGGGACACCGCUCACCUCGCGAGAAGGGGAGAAACAGAUCCAGAUGCCCACCGACUAUGCUGACAUCAUGAUGGGCUACCACUGCUGGCUCUGUGGGAAGAACAGCAAUAGCAAGAAGCAAUGGCAGCAACACAUCCAGUCGGAGAAGCACAAGGAGAAGGUCUUCACCUCGGACAGUGACUCCAGCUGCUGGAGCUACCGCUUCCCCAUGGGCGAAUUCCGGCUCUGCGAAAGGUUCCAGAAGAGCAAGGCCUGCCCCGAAGGAGAGGAGUGUCGCUAUGCCCACGGCCAGGACGAGCUGACGGAGUGGCUAGACCGGAGGGAGGUGCUGAAACAGAAACUGGCCAAAGCCCGCAAGGACAUGCUGCUCUGCCCCAGGGAUGACGACUUCGGGAAAUACAACUUCCUAUUGCGGGAUGGCGUAUAGUAAGGGUUGAGGGGGGGAGCCUGUCAGCUAGAGA